GUCAUCUUCGUCUCAUGAUUUUUUCUGUUGCUCGCAUAACUCGGUCAAUAGGUUCGAGAUCUCGGCAUUCAGCAUACCACAACGAUUAUCACCAUGGCAGCAUUACCCUCAACGUACAAGUCCGUCCAUCUGGCCAAUAGACCCAAGAACCACAUCGAAUCAGACACGUUUGUGAUCAAGCAGAAUCAGACUCCAUCGAGCUCCUCAUUGAAAGAUGGCGAAGUUCUCUUCCAGCCCAACUAUCUCUCUCUCGAUCCCGCCAUGCGAGGCUGGCUCAAUGACACCCGAUCAUAUAUUCCACCGGUCAAGAUUGGUGCUGUCAUGCGUGGCGUCGGCGUCGGCACCAUCGUUGCAAGCAAGUCUUCCAAGUUUUCUGUGGGUGAGACAGUGUACGGAGGCUCUGGUUGGAGUGAAUUGGCGGUGCUGAAGGAAAAGGAUGUGCAGAAGUUGGAUUUGCCCCCGAAUGGAAAAAUGACCGAUACUCUCGGCGCUCUCGGCAUGCCUGGACUGACAGCGUACUUUGGAAUUAUCGAUGUGGGCAAAGUCCAAGCGGGCGAUUUCGUGGUCGUGUCCGGAGCUGCUGGAGCCACGGGCAGCGUAGUGGGCCAAAUCGCGAAAUUGAAAGGGGCGAAAGUGCUGGGGAUUGCGGGAUCAGAGUCCAAGUGCAAAUGGCUGGUCGAUGAGCUCGGGUAUGAUGACGCUCUGAACUACAAAGACCCGGACUUUGCGAAGAAGUUCCGCGCCGCAACGAAGCAGUUGAUUGAUGUCUACUUCGACAAUGUUGGUGGUGAGAUUCUGGACCUGGCCCUCGCCCGAGCAAAGGAACACUCGCGAUUCGUCAUGUGUGGAGGGAUAUCACAGUACAAUAGCAAGACUGCGCAAGGGCCCAAGAACUAUCUCAUGAUUGUGUCUAUGCGGAUUCGAAUGGAGGGAUUCGUGGUGUUUGACUACGAAGAGAAGUAUCCCGCGGCCAAGAAGGAGUUGGCGCAAUGGAUGGCAGAAGGGAAGAUCAAGCGGCAGGAAACCAUCAUCCGGGGUGGCAUUGAGAAGAUGCCGGAAGCAUUGCGAGCACUGUAUGAAGGCGUCAACACGGGCAAGCUGAUGGUGGAAGUUAAAGUCCCCUCGGAAGCAGGGAGGACGAAGCUAUAGUAGGAAAGGUGGUAUGAAUCUGAU